AUCCGCGCGCUGGUGGAUUAGACAGGCCCAUAAUAAAAAGUAAACAAUAAAUAUUUAUAAACAAAAUUUUUUGGAAAUGAUUUUUUAAUGGUCUCCAAAGCGGGAUUAGUCACAACAAAAGAAAAUGAGUAAACACAUGUAUUCUACCGCAAACCUAUCGGACAAGGAACUGAAAGAACAAGGAAAUCGUUUAUUUAGCUUGAGAAAAUAUGAGGAUGCCAUCACUUGUUACACGAAAGCCAUAAUAAAGAAUCCAGAUGUGGCUCAUUAUUUCACAAACCGAGCACUCUGUCAUGUGAAACUAUCAAGGUGGGAACAAGCAUGUACGGAUUGCCGAAGGGCCCUAGACAUGGAGCCCAAUAUGGUUAAAGGCCAUUUCUUUCUAGGGCAAGCACUUCUAGAAAACGACAACUAUGAUGAGGCUAUCAAACAUUUGCAAAGAGCUGCUGAUUUGGCAAAAGAACAGAAACUCAAUUUCGGAGAUGACAUAGCUUCACAGCUGAGAGCAGCCAGGAAAAAACGGUUUUCAGUGCAGGAAGAAAAACGGAUUGCCCAGGAAAUUGAGUUGCAUUCAUACCUGAAUAGAUUGGUGGAAAAUGAUAAGGAACAACAGAUCAAGAAGGUGGAAAGGGAAGAAGCUGAUAAUGAAAUAAGGGAAAAUAAACUUCAGACAAUUGAAGAAAAAUGUGAUAGUUACCUAAAUGAACUAAACCAACUUUUUGUUAAAGUGGAUGAUAGGAGAAGGAAAAGGGAAGUCCCUGACUAUUUGUGUGGAAAAAUAAGCUUUGAAAUUCUUCAGGAACCAGUCAUAACGCCUAGUGGUAUAACUUAUGACAAAAAAGAUCUGGAAGAACAUUUACAGAGAGUGGGACACUUUGAUCCUGUAACAAGGGUGAAACUUACUCAAGAUCAGCUCAUACCUAAUUUUUCAAUGAAGGAAGUAGUUGACGCCUUUCUAGCUGAAAACGAGUGGGCUCUGGAAUACUAGUUAUCACUUUCUUCUGCUUCCGUUUCAGCCACUCCAUUUAGUGGAUUAUCCUUAUUAGUAAUAAGUGACGAACAUUUUGAUCAGAAUCCAUGAUGAGGUUGUGUUACGACAAUCUGUACAUAUUUGAAUUGUCAUGAAUGGCCAUCAUUGUUAAUUACCACCUAACCAAUGAUAAAUCAUUUUGGUCAUAUCUGUGAACUUUUGUUUUAAUAUAUGAAAGGUCUAUUUUUUUGUGUUUU